AUGUCGUGGAAGAAGUCGACUGCGCUGAUGGACACCAUCAAGCACUACAGCAGCUUCCCCGCGACCGGUGUCUCAUUACGGCAAAUGGUACAGUUCGGUCAAAGUGUGUCGACGGGGACACUAUUUCGCGCUUCGCAGUUUCUGUCCGAAGAGUUGCCCAUUCGGUUGGCGCAUAGAGUGCAAGAGUUGGGGGACCUACCCGAUGGCUUGAACGAUAUGCCAAGUAUUAAAAAAGUGCAAGACUGGUAUGCGCAGUCGUUCGAGGAGAUUACGACUCUACCGAAGCCGAGCUUGAGCACAGAGGUGAAGGAGCGUCUGUCAAAGCCCGCCAAGAGUACUGGGAAGCCCUCACGCAUCCUCAGCGAGACGACGCACAAUCCUAGCGUAAAGCCUGGUCAAUACAAAUCGAAUGCAAAAGGAGUGCCGGGCGAGGACAGCUCUGCUAAGCGAACGGGCAACGUGCGACGGUAUUAUAGUGCCGCAGACGACAACGGCGAGUGGCCUCCCGAGUUGAGCGACUUUAACACACGCUUCGCAAAGCUGUUGGAGAAGAUCAAACGACGACAUGACCCUGUGGUGACCACCAUAGCGCAAGGCAUUCUCGAAUACAAGCGGAAACGGCAACGCAUGCAGAUCGACCACCACAUCCAAGCCUUCCUCGAUCGUUUCUACAUGAGCCGUAUUGGCAUCAGAAUGCUGAUAGGCCAACAUAUUGCUUUGACUGACCAACGAACGCAUUCGGAUCCGAACUAUGUGGGCAUCAUCUGCACGAAGACGAACGUACGGGAUUUGGCACAAGAGGCUAUCGAGAACGCUCGCUUCGUAUGCGAGGACCACUAUGGCUUGUUUGACGCACCGAAGGUGCGAUUAGUAUGCGACCCCGGCCUGAGCUUCAUGUACGUACCUGGCCAUUUGUCGCACAUGCUGUUCGAGACGCUUAAGAACAGCUUGCGGGCGGUUGUUGAAACGCAUGGGCAGGAGAAAGAGGAGUUUCCUGUCACUCAAGUCAUCGUGAGCGAGGGACGGGAAGACAUUACUUUCAAGAUUAGCGAUGAAGGAGGUGGAAUACCGCGGUCAAGCAUACCGAUGGUGUGGACGUACAUGUACACGACUGUUGAUCAGACGCCCAGUCUGGACCCGGACUUCAAUAAGAGUGACUUCAAGGCGCCGAUGGCUGGUUUUGGAUAUGGAUUACCGAUCAGUAGACUGUAUGCGAGAUACUUCGGCGGUGAUCUGAAGUUGAUCAGCAUGGAGGGUUACGGCACAGACGUGUAUUUACACCUCAACCGCCUCUCCUCGUCAUCGGAACCACUUCAAUGA